GAGAGAGAGGAGUGAGGGUGAAUGCGAUGUCCUGAUGAUGCAUCUUCAUUCCUAAUUGCCUGGGCUCGGCUUUCAAUGCUGCGGACGAGAUGCGGUGCCCGGUGUGCCGGACGGUGGAGGAAGGAGUCUGGAGGACCUUCCCAACCAGAGCUCCUCGGAGCCGCAGAGCAGGUGCCCUUGUUCUCCAGGAAUAUGUGCAGGGGCCAGCCGUCCGAAUGCCACCAUCUGGAAUUUACUGGAGCCUUGAUCAGGGAUGGUUCAGCGGAUCUCUAUCACUUGGAAAUGGUGGUCCUAUUAGACACCCCUACUCCUUUCAAUACCGCCGUAGAGAGACCACCCAUAUGAUGAUGGGGUCAGUUAAUGGCUCUGGUUGGGCCUCAGCAUCGUCUCAUGUGACAAGUAUCACUCAUCUUCGCCUUGGCGUCAACAGAAGACCGAAUAGCGGAUAUUCAUUUCAGGGUAAUGUUGGCCCCAAUGAACACUAUGAUCCACUUCCUCAAGGGGUGAACAGCAUCCAACCUGUUGGACUUGAAGCACCAGAUGUUGCGCUCUUGGGGGAGCCCAUUUUCAAUAACAGUGCUGGGAGCUUAUUUGGACCCUUAGCUGGUGCAGCUCCUGUGGGGCAGUCAAUGAAUUCACCAUCUCCAGCAGUGCGCCCGAUGAUGCGUGCUGCAAUUAACCGUUCCAGCUCAAGGGGCCUGCUACCAGCUGAGCGGACAGCUUUUCAAUCUGAAGGAUCUGGAACAGUCAACAUCCCAUUACCCUACAUUGGUGAAGUGGUGUUGGCUUUAAGUGCGGCUGUUCAGCCGGGAGAUGGAGUAAUAGAUGGUUCAGAGGAUAUUAGGUCAGAUGGCGAGGAAUCUGCUGAGGACCUGUCAGAGUGAUUGGACAGAGAAAACCAGAUGAAAGGUUUGUUUCCAAACUAGUCUCAUAAGUAUGGUGGAGGUCGUGAAGAAGCUGCCUCGGCGAAUAAAUGAUCUCCGUAGCUAUAUGCCGAUACUCCACGAUGCUCUAAUGUCUCUGAGGAGAACAUUAGUGAAUUCCGAUGGAACUUGCUGCUCUUGUGAAAUUCCCAGUAGAUCAUUUCUUGCUGCCUAAUCGGCAUUCGGAAUAGAUCUCUUCCGCAUUCGCUGUCGCCCAAAGCUAUCCAGUUUAAGAGUGUCGAUGCUUUUCGGGGACUUAAAUCGUGAUUUAGCUAUUGGGUCGAUAAACCAGGCGGCUGGUUCACUUGGUUGUUGAAGCUGCCUGGGUACUCUAUGCGCUUCAGUGAGCAAAGCGGUAUCAAAAUUUUCCCUUGGAUACUACUUGUUGGACAUUAAUUUUUCUUAUGUUUGGAUUGCAAUUUUCUACUCUUCA